AUGCAGGCCACAGUAGUUGUAUCGCGAAAAAUACGAUUUCCAAAGCGGCGCCAUGACGUUGGAAAUUGCUAUGUGCACGGCGUUGCUAACAGCAACUGUAAGUAUGGAUCCACGCAGUCCAGCCGUAGCCGAUCCUACUGCGACAUUCCAAAUAUGUUGGAACGAACUUACACUGCUAUGGAUGCUAUGGACUCCAAGCCUUUCCCGAGAGGUGUCGGAAGAGACUUAUUAUGA